GUAUACAUGUGUAUGUGUUUGUGUGUAAAGUAGACGGCGAGCGCAUAUUUUCAUUGUCCGUCGGAUUUCUUUUUUAAAAGUUCUUCAAUAAAAUAUUAUUUCCGAAAUUUCAAACCUUCCAAACAAAAUAUAAUUUCCAAUAGAUUUAGAGAAUGUGAAAGCAAUAUGGAAUAGUACCAAGGUAAUGGAAGAGUCAUAAAGUGUUUUUAUGUAAAUUCAUGAUGAAGCAACAGUGACUCGAAAUUAAGCCAAGAAGCAGAGUAUAAAAGAAUAUGAGUAACAAAAAGGCCGAAAUAAAUGAAACAAAAGUAUAAAAUUAUAUUUAAUUUCUGUGUGCUAACUACGCAAAUUCGGCGCAAAGAAGCGUGAAUAGAAGUGAAUGUGUGUGAUAUGAAAUUGAAUUAUUUAUUCAAAGAAUUUGGCAAGGAGGAAAAAUGUGUGGUAGAUAAUCAGUUCAAUAACCAAAUUGUUUUAGUGAUUUGGCAAUGGAAGUGCUAGUGUCGGUGGUGUCUUAAGAUAGGAGAUAGGCGUGAUCCACAAGUUUGUGAAAGUUAUAAAAACUCAAAUACUACACAGAAUUAGUUCGUUUUGCUCGGAAGUUAGAUUCCGCAAGUGGUUUCCGCCGCGUAAUUGUAACGCAUCGCGUACGACGCUUUUGUUUUACUUGAUUUUUUUAGUAACGUCUCGUGACCUCAUCAGAUCGCCGCCAACGUCUGCAACACCUUCCAACUAACAAACCAAGCUACAUCCAAACAUAUAGACAGGCUGACAGGCAAGCACAGAGCCGUGGCGCACUUGGGAUUGGGAUUUGCCGUUGUUCGCGAUUCGGUUUUAUAUUCUAUUUUGUUUUAUGUCUUAUUGUUACCCACAUCUUACGUAUAGUUUGUACGUCUCACGUCUCGAUCGCUACUUGCUUGCCUGUUUGGUUGACUGAAUGAAUGGUCGCUCAGUUGGUCUGCCGUGUUGUUGGUUUGCUGAGUGGCCCACCGACUGACUGACUUUGCCUCUUGUCUCUGUUGUUGCAGUAUUGUCUUCCGUUUGUUUAGCUCGGUUCAGCAGUGCUUUGUAAUACUACAGUUGAACUGCUGAGCUUGCAGGGCAGACAUUGGUUGCGAAGUUUGAAAAAAAUCAAAAAUAUAAGGAAAAAUUUGGAGCAAUAAGAAAACAAAUACAAAUAUAUAUAAAUCACGUAAUAUUAUAUAACUACUAUGUACACAUCCAACUGAACUGAGCAGCAACAGUAACGGCCAUUGUAGUAAAAAUCAGCAAUAACGUGGAGCAUAAAAAACUUUUUUACUUAUCGAAACAAAAACAAAAAACUAAAGAAGUAUGCAUAAUAAAAUCAUUUCUAAAAGGCAAACCUAAUUGUACUUAAGUCCAAGCGAAUGCAAGCACCGAUAAGAGGGGAGUAAAAUAAACAUUGCAGUAACAAAACCGCUUCUCCAUCAGGCAAAGAUUCAAGAAUAAAGACAAACCUCCAGCGAAAUAGAGGAAACUCAGUAUGCAAUAGGGUAAAGUCACGACCAUUAAACAAAUUGUAAACGGCAAAAAGACAAAAAGGAACGGAAAACAUUUAUAGAAGUUGAGACGGUAAAGGAAUUGCACCAAAAAGACGCACAGAAUUGUCGAAAGUGCCAAAAAUCGCACAAAGCCUCAACGACUAAACACUAGCAUUACUAACCAAAGGCUAGGGUCCACAGUGUAAAGGCAUAUUCCAUUGUGAUUGGAUGCCAACACGAAAAUUUGUCACCAGCUGUUUUAUACAAACAAUAGAAGCGCGGUAGACAACGACCUACAUAGCAUAAGCAGCUCACAUUUAUGCCUGUAAUCAGAUUAUUUUUAUGUAAAAAAAAAUAUUGUUUUAUGUUCCUGGUAAGCUACUAAGCGUAUAAGCGUUGUGGAGUUGAAGGAAUUUCUAUUACAGUGGUAGCGGCUACUUACGCCUGCUCUUCCGCGUACUUUGCAUCGUGUUGCGGAAGUGUGCUUUGUCUACACACCUCCGUUUUAAUGACGCCGCUGUUCGCACUACCAUCCGCAUCACCCACGACGUCUAAAAUAAUAUUUAUAACUACAAUGCUAUACGCCGCCACUGAGUGGCAGGUCAAUGCAAAAACUCUCAACUGAUGCUACUAUGCGGUGGAGGACAGUGAGUCCGAUAAGCAAGAGUAGCAUUAAAGAAAACGAUAGCAGUACAACAAAGACAAUAAUUAAAGAAAACCCUUUUGUUUGUGUGCAUUUGAAAGCAAACCGAAAGAAAUUGAAUAUAAGUGACAACCAACAACCGAAAGAAAAAUCAUGGAUGAGGAACGGAAAAGACGCGCCCAACUAUUGGAGCGUGAGAUGCGUGACCCGCACAGUAUUUGCAAUAUCGACUGCCUUCUGGACACAGUGACUGCAUUAGUUAAUGAUUGUGAUCAUGAAUCAUUAAAGCGUCUAAAGAAUAUCGAACAGUAUGCCACCAAAUAUAAACCGGUGGCGAAACAGAUUUGCCAGCUGCGCAUGAAUGUCGAUGAUUUUGAUUUUAUCAAACUGAUCGGAGCCGGUGCUUUUGGUGAGGUGCAACUGGUACGGCACAAGUCUUCGCGACAAGUAUAUGCCAUGAAGCGGCUUUCCAAAUUUGAAAUGAUGAAGCGACCCGAUUCCGCUUUCUUCUGGGAGGAACGUCACAUUAUGGCGCAUGCCAACUCCGACUGGAUAGUGCAGCUACAUUUCGCAUUUCAGGACGCCAAAUAUUUGUACAUGGUGAUGGAUUAUAUGCCUGGUGGCGAUAUUGUCUCGCUCAUGUCCAUGUACGAGAUACCGGAGAAAUGGGCUAUCUUCUAUACAAUGGAGGUUGUACUCGCUCUGGACACAAUCCACAAUAUGGGGUUUGUGCAUCGCGAUGUGAAACCCGAUAAUAUGUUGCUGGAUCGGCAUGGUCACUUGAAAUUGGCUGAUUUUGGCACCUGUAUGCGCAUGGGCCCCAAUGGCUUGGUAGUGUCGAGCAAUGCUGUCGGCACACCGGAUUAUAUUAGUCCCGAAGUUUUGCAGUCGCAGGGUGUGGACAACGAGUACGGUCGUGAGUGUGAUUGGUGGUCAGUUGGCAUCUUUUUGUAUGAAAUGCUUGUGGGUGAUACCCCAUUCUAUGCCGACUCACUCGUGGGUACUUACGGCAAAAUUAUGGAUCACAAGAAUUCGUUGAGCUUCCCCGCCGAGGUGGAGAUAAGUGAGAGUGCCAAAUCAUUGAUGCGUGCCUUUCUCACCGAUCGCACUCAGCGUUUAGGUCGUCAUGGCAUCGAUGAAAUUAAAGCGCAUCCGUUUUUCUCAAAUGACACAUGGACGUUUGACAAUAUACGAGAUAGCGUGCCACCGGUUGUGCCGGAGUUGUCGUCGGAUGAUGAUACACGCAAUUUCGAGGAUAUUGAGCGUGAUGAGUCGCCGGAGGAGGUGUUUCCGGUACCGAAAUCGUUCGAUGGCAAUCAUUUGCCAUUCAUUGGAUUUACGUAUACGGGCGACUACCAGUUACUCAGCAACGAUACUGUUGACGCAGAGGCAAAGGAGUCGGCAAAUGCAAUGGCAAAUCACAGUCAUCGCCACCGCCCAUCCAAUUCAAACGAAAUUAAACGUCUGGAAGCUUUGCUCGAACGUGAAAGAAAUCAUUCCGAAACGCUGGAGAAACAAGAUAAAGCUUUGCGUCAGCAAAUCGAACUGAUCACGAAACGUGAAGCUGAACUGCAACGUAUCGCCUCAGAGUACGAAAAGGACUUGGCUUUGCGGCAGCACAAUUAUAAAGUGGCCAUGCAAAAAGUCGAGCAGGAGAUUGAGCAACGCAAAAAGACUGAGGCACUGCUCGCCGAAACCCAGCGUAAUCUGGAUAACGAGCAAAAGAUACGUACGCGUGAAAUGAACAAUAAUCAGCAUCACAAUGAGAAGAUUGUAACGCUGGAGAAGCAGCUGAAGGAAAUGGAGGAGAACUUCAAGAAUGAGAAUGAGCAUGUGCAAAAGCUCAAGAAACAAGUUGCCGAGUUGGGUUUGAUACAGCAAGAGCUGGAGGGUAAAUUAGCGCAGUUGCAGGCAUUGAUUGCCACGCUACAGUCGCAAAAGGACGCUUUGCAGCAAGAAGUAGCCGAAACACAAGCAUUGCUGGCUCAAGAGAAAAAUGCGCGCUCACAAUUGAAAGAGCUGGUAAAGGAGUCUGAGAAUAAAUUACAAACGAUGUCGAAUGAUUUGGAGCGCAUGGCGCAGCGGGAGCAGCAGUCGCAUGAGGAUAAUCGUGUGCUGACAGAAAAGAUCUCCGAUUUAGAAAAGGCGAAUGCUAGUCUAGACUUUGAAUUUAAAGCCAUGCAGGGACGAUAUCAGCAGGAAGUGAAAGCACAUCAAGAAACUGAGAAGUCGCGCAUGCUUAGCCGUGAAGAGGCGAAUCUACAGGAGGUAAAAGCCCUGCAGACCAAGUUGAACGAAGAGAAAUCGGCACGUAUCAAGGCCGAUCAAAACUCGCAAGAAAAAGAACGCCAAUUAAGUAUGUUGUCGGUGGACUAUCGCCAAAUACAGCAGCGCCUACAAAAGCUUGAAGGAGAAUGUCGCCAAGAAUCGGAGAAAGUAAUGGCACUGCAGUCCCAGAUCGAGCAGGAACACAGCAAAAAGAAUUCCUUGUUAUCCGAGUUAAGCUUACAAAGUUCAGAAGUUGCGCAUCUGAAAUCGCGUGAAAAUCAGCUGCAAAAGGAGGUCAGCUCUUUGCGUGAGACGAAGCGCAAAUUCGAAGAAGAGAUUGCUCAAAUCAAAAACACCUUAAAUAAGGAAAUUCUCUUGAAGCGCGAAUAUCAAGAUCAGUUGGAAGCCGAACAGUAUUUCUCACGCCUCUAUAAAACACAGGCAAACGAGCAUCGCGAAGAGAUAUCGGAGCGUUGCCGUGAAAUACAAGACCUGAAGGAGGAACGCACCUCGUUGAAGCAUCAGGUUCAAGUGGCAGUGGCGCGCGCAGACUCCGAAGCGUUGGCGCGUUCAAUAGCCGAAGAAACGGUAGCUGAUCUAGAGAAAGAGAAGACAAUCAAGGAAUUCGAGUUGAAGGACUUCAUGACGAAGUAUCGCAACGAGUUAGCAGCGAAGGAAUCGGCACUUGCAGCCGCCAAGGAAACUGAAACGGAAUAUGUGAAAAAGUUGAAUCAAAAGAAUGCCGAAGCCGACGAACUGUUGCAGCAACAUAAGAAACUUCAGGAUGAAAUGUCGCAAUUGAGGGCUACAAAGGACGAAGAGCUAGCAAAGCUAAAGGAGAAACUACAAACCGAAAUGCUGCUGAAGCAGGUCGCAGUAAACAAACUGACGGAGGUGAUGAAUCGACGAGACACGGACCUCCAAAAACAAAAAGGCAAAGCGCGCUCAUCCGCCGAACUGCGUAAAAAGGAGAAGGAAAUGCGACGGCUACAACAAGAGCUCUCGCAAGAGCGUGAAAAAUACAAUCAGCUAUCGCUCAAACUUCAGGAUGUACAAAGUCAAAUCAUCGAAGACAGCCAUAUCAAGCAAAAGCUGCAAAUGGAAAUCGACUGCAAAGCCACAGAAAUCGAACAAUUGCAGUCGAAGCUUAAUGAAACCGCCUCAUUAUCAUCAGCCGACAACGAUCCUGAGGACACUCAGGUACUUGAUUCGGUAUUUGAGGGCUGGUUAAGUGUGCCAAAUAAGCAGAAUAUACGCCGUCACGGUUGGAAGCGACAAUAUGUGAUUGUGUCAUCGCGCAAAAUAAUUUUUUACAAUACCGAAAUCGACAAACAGAAUACAAUCGAUCCUGUGCUUAUAUUAGAUUUAAGCAAAGUAUUUCAUGUGCGUUCUGUAACGCAAGGUGAUGUGAUACGCGCCGACGCCAAAGAGAUACCACGUAUCUUCCAGCUGUUGUAUGCUGGCGAGGGUGAAGCGCGCCGACCGGACGAACAAAAUCAAUUGGACAUUAGUCAGUUGUUGGCGGAUGAACGGCCUAGUACUAUCAUGUAUAAAGGUCAUGAAUUCGUGCAUAUAACGUAUCAUAUGCCAACUGCUUGCGAGGUCUGUCCGAAACCAUUGUGGCACAUGUUCAAGCCGCCAGCGGCGUAUGAAUGCAAGCGUUGCCGCAAUAAAAUUCAUAAGGAGCAUGUAGACAAUAACGACCCGCUGGUGCCGUGCAAACUGCAUCACGACCCGCAUACUGCCAAAGAAAUGCUGCUGCUGGCCGGCACACCCGACGAGCAGCAUCUGUGGGUGACGCGCCUCUCCAAACGCAUACAGAAGUUCGGCUACAAAGCAAACUCUUCAUCGAACAAUAACAGUGGCGGCGGUGACGGCAGCAAAAUAUCACCAAGUCGACUGAAAUGGCAAUCAUCAACAACAUCGCAACAAUCACAACGACAAUCUUCGCCGCCUACACCACCACCAAAACCCUUGUCAUUGCAACGCCAAAAAUCGCAACCGCCAAUAUUUUACAAUAACAAAUAAAAUUACUGAUUGAAUGGCUUAGCAAAUUGGAGCAACAGCAGCGGCAGCAACAACGACAGCAACAAUUAAUAAGACUAUCAAAUCGCCUGCGUAACAGUUUCAUAAAAAGGUUUCGUUCAGCUACACGCUACGAUUAGAGUACGCAGUGAAUAUGAACUUUUAAUUACUAAAAUUACAAAAAAAAAAAAGAAAUAGUUUAAGCGAAAAAUAAUGACCACAAACAACUCGCUAAAAUACUUAACUAAGUUUGCGCACAUUAGACAGAUUACUUUUAGUUAUAAGACCUUCGGUGCACUUGUUUUAGGCUGUUAGAUCUGUUAGUCUAUAAUGGCAAUGUUUAAGUUUUUGUACUUAGUUAUUUAAUAUGUAGUUAUAUUGAAAAUAUAGUAUACGAGGGUCGAUCAAUAAGUACACAUGCCAAUGACAGGUGGCCGUUGCUGAGGGAUAUUGGCAUUACCGUCGUCUACUUUUAUCUGGCGAAGGUCAUUCAGGAAUCUUGCUUCAAAAAAAUGGAAAAAUGUUUGAUGCUUCAGACCACUAAAGGCCGGACUGACAGACAGAUGUGAUUAUCAAAGACAUAACGGAAGAGAUCUAUGACAGAAAUGAUUUAGAGGGAUGAUUUUCGCCAAACUAAAGGACAUGAAGUAGCAAAGGCGGUAUAAAUAUUUCAAACGAUGAGUUAAUUGUGAAAAGUGUGCUGAUCUGAUGCGAGUUUCAUGGCGAGCAAACUUUCGAAAAUGGCUAACUCCUUCGAAUUUGGACUACUUUAAACGAUUUUCGUAUGAUCUUACGUUGUGUCAUUAGAGUUAAAGAAACCUAGAUACAUUACUCGAAGACGGAGAUCAAACGACAAUGCUACGAAAAAAGCAAGAAUGCUUGCAUCCGCCGGCAAUGAAAUGCGAACGAUUUUUAAGAUUCAAAAGAAAUGAUCUACGCAGUCUUUUAGCUGAAAGCAAAUAAGAAUCACUUGGUAGUGCUAUCGAGAAUUAUAAAAAAGUUAGAGAGACCGGGCUGCGAUGAGGACAACUUUUAAGAAUUCGAAAGGAAUAAUCAAAGUAGGCUUUUUUAGCGAUAAAACAACGAAUUUUUGUACUGUAAAUAAGUGAUCAACUUGAAAAAUUCCUGAAAAUAAAGUGAAAAAAGUACAAGUAUUACUUACGCCAUAACUACCCAGAUGUACUAAACCAAUUGAAUUAAAAAUUUAAGGAGACCGGGUUCCAAGUGGCUAAGCACCUUCAGCCGAAAGGCAAAGGUGGUUGUAUCGACUGGAAAGGAAAGGCGACGAAUUAUUGGAAUUCAAAAGGCGUGAUAAAAAAGAAAGAAGUACCACUCAAGACGUAUAAGACAGAUUCGGUAGAGAAAUUGACGGUGACAAGCAAAUUAUUGGGAUUGCGACUAAAUUGCUCAAACUACGCUAUGAAUUGGUGCUACAUCAAUCACACACGUUCGAACACACGAAUUCUUUUUCCCAUAUUGUAUAAUGAAAACAUUAUUCAGGAGAAAAAAAUGACAAAGAAACCUAUUUUGAAAGCUUUGACAUGUCGUAUUUUAGAAGCGAUUAAAGAAAUUUCAGUAACGUGAAAAAAAUGUAUAGAGUCAACAUCACUGAGAAAAAUUCCAAACAAUUAAAAAAAAAAUUUGUUUUCAACAAUACAGCUGGCACUUUUUGAUCGGCCCUUGUGCCGUUAUAGUUUGUAAGAGAGAGUCUUGUGUGCCAAGUAGAGGAAUUUAAAAGAUUUACUAAGUAAAAAUGAUUUUUAAUAUUUGUAAAUAUUAUAUUUGUAUUUGGAACUGUAUAAUGUAAACUCCGUUAAUAUCACAUAAUUGUAUUGAAAAGAAAUUAUAGUCUAUUUCCACCAAGACCUAUUAUGUUUCAGAAAUGUCAAACGCUGCCAUCACAAAAUUAUAGUUAGUAUGAAAUAGCUGAUUUUUUGUUUACAUUUUGCAUUUGUAGACAGCAGCUAGUCAAAAGAGCUGUAUGUCUGUUUUAUGUAAAAAUAUCACCUGCCGGUUGCAUUUGUAUACAAUGUGGCGCAAAAUUAAUCAUCCAAUUUUGUUUUUGAACAUCUUUUGUAUUCAACAAAAAAAUUAUUUUGAGUGAUGAGACAAGUGCUCCACUGUUUGUCUGAAUAUAGCAGCUGUCUACGUCACAAGUGUGAAAUGUGAUUGACGUACGACGUCAUUUGAAAAAUGUAUAAAUCUUUCGCUAGGGUGAUUAAUUUUGCACCACCUUGUAGUUUCAUUUUUUGCAUUUGUUGUUUCUACAAUAGAAAAUGGGAGUGUUGGCUGUAUUCAUUACAUAAAAUACGUAUACGUACUUGCAUAUACCUACUUAUAUAUACGCUAAAGCUACAGCAAAAGUAAAUCCGAAAUGCUCCACAAAUUCUCUGUACUAAAAUUCAAUCACACGCAAUUUAUUUUAUAAUUUUUAUUUAUUUAUUUACUUAAAAUAUAUUUAAAAAUAGUUAUCACAAAAUCAUGGUAACAUGCAACAGAGACUAUCGGCCUGUAUGUAUCUAAUGAUAUUUCUUUUGUUUGUACAAUUAAGGCUCUGGCAGCGCCUGAAAGUAUCUUGUAAAAAAAUGCUUACAUUUGUAAUAUGACUAUCACUGUUAGCAUAACUUACCUGUUAGGCCAGUAAAGUUGAGCCUACCUUUGUUCUGUACUUUACAAGCUUUGAUGCAACGAAUAUUGUACAAGAAUUUGUGCAUUUAAAAGUGAUGAUUAAUUAUAGUUAAGCGUAAGCUGUGGUUAAGGCACGGUGGAAAUAGACGUACUGCUCUAUUCUGUGGCAGGACAUUUGCUUUUUUUUGUUAAGGGAAAGGAAGGAUUUUCUUAGGCCACUAAAAUGAUUUUACCGAUGCUGAAUAGAGCUGCCAAUUUUAUUAUCCAAUAUAGGCGUAUAAACUUAAGACAUUUGCAGAAAAAAAAUUCAAAAAUUUCUCAAAAUAUGCCCAAAUAAAAUUUGCAUACUAGGAAAAAUAAGUGAAUUUUAAUUUGCACACUUAAGGAUAAACAUUUUUUGUUUAUAUUGAGUUCCAUGUAUUGAUAAACUUGCCUAACAUACAAAUUUAUAUGUACAAUGCAUAAAAAUGAGUUCACAAUGAUAGCAACGCGAAGUAUUACAAAGUUUUGGAUUAUUAUUAGUAUUUCUUCUUUUUAUUAUGAAAAUGGAGUUUUUACUACACCAAAAAGCACUUAAUUUAAAGUCUCCAAAUUUGCUUAAACUCGAUCAAUUUUUAUUAAAAUUUCAAACUUUUUAAUACAAAUUUUUAGUAAAAUUUGAGCAUACAGUUUUAUAGCCCAUUGAAUUUUGAUAUAAUAAAGUGACUCACACUUUAACCCUCCGUGGACAUCUUUUUGAAAACUUUCAGUUGGUCACUCGGGUCUGGUCUUUUCUCGUCCUGUUCGAGGAUCAUUUUUAAAAAGUUAUAUCCAUAAAUCGAUAAAAAAUUUAAUUUGAGGAAGCUGCAUGGAAGCUCAAGUCGUUAGCUAUAAUAGAAAUAUGUUAAGUCCAUGUCCAAAGUCGAAAAAGUCUGGCCAGACCCGGGUGUCCAACGGAGGGUUGAAGUAGUUCAGAAAGCGCAUUGACUUUUGGGAAUUUUUUUUUUUUGCUGGCGGCAUUUCUUGCAUUUUUUCCAGAUGUAAAAAACUUUGAGCAGUCGGUAGAGGGCAGGAAGUUAUGAAAAAAUCUAAACGAAUUUCGAGCCACUUUAAACAAUCACAAUACUAUACCAUAGGCUACAAAACUGCAUACCCUAAAAAUUCUGACUAAACAAUUUAAAAUUUUUUGGUUUUUUUUUAACUUUGUGCAUAGUUUGAAACAUUGAGCUAUAUGGGUUUUGUUCUUGUCUUACUAAAUUUUUAUAAAAAAGAAGAAAGAGAAGAAAUUAAAUACAAAAUAAAUAAAUAGUAAAACUUUGCAAUAUGUUGCGUUAUUAUUGUGAUAAUAGCUGUACAUAAAUACUUACAAAAUUACAAUAAAAAAUUGUAUAAAUAAAUAAAAAGCUUAUGACUAACUACUUUAUUAAUAGUUUGAAAAAACAUUCCUAAUUAGCCGAUAAGCAAUGUAAAUAAUAUAAUGCAUUUAUAAUAAAAACGUUUAAAGCGAAGAAAAUCAAAAAGCAACAAAACAAUCAAAUUGCGAAUGCAAAAAAUUUAAGUAAAGUACUUUAAACAUUUAUGAAUUAUAUUAAUGAUAGCUUGAAAAAUACAAUUGAAUCGAUCAAAAAGCAAUACCGACGAAUUCGAUCCGAAUAAUAACAAAGUUCGAGCUCUGUGUAAAAUAAGCUUAGAAUGCCAAAACUUUAUUAAAAGUAUGAAAGAAAGAAAGACGAAUUAAUGACAAUUUCGGAAUAAUGUUACGAAUAAGCAAUUUCAAGUUUAUUUAGUCACUAACUUACUCAUUUGCUAAUUUCAAGGUUAGUUUUUUUCGCACACAUUUAGUUCAAUUCAGAGGGUGUGCAAGAACGAAGUGAGCGCAGGUGCUAAAUAUUAAAUUUUUAAUACUUUAUUUUUGGUAUCAGAUCUGUUCUGCGUGUCGAUUCCGUUUGAAAGGCAAAUGGAUUGAUAGUUGCGAGUCGUUAGCGAGUUUUCAGUUUUCCUUUAGAUGAAAAUAAUUUUCUGUCUUGGCGCCGUCAGCUGGAAAAGUUGUGAUUAAAUCUUCUAAAAAGAUUUCUGGAUCAGAGUAUUGAUCUUGUGUAGACAAAACGGUCGUUUACUAGCUUCCAUAGGAGUCUUUAGAAAUUUAGUGUCAGAGGUGGGUGCGCAAUUCAAUGUCAAGGGGUCCAAGUACUUUUGACAUUGUCGUCAAUUCUUUAAAAAAUUUCCUUGUUUUUCGGCUUGAGUAUAAUAAGAAGUAAAUUGAAAAAAAAAUUAAUACAAAAUUUUAUAAAUUUGAAGUUUAUUCAAUGUUACCUAAGUAAAAUGCUCAUGAAAAGUUCACUCUUGUGUGCUUAUCUUCAGAAUUCUUGAAAUUAACUCUAUAGAUUAUAUUGAAUCGAGCUAUUUAUAAAGAGCUAACUUGAGUUCCAUAUCAUGGAUGAACUGGCCUUGAAACGCAUUCUUUAAAGUGCAAAUAAUUCAUAUAUUAGUAUGCCUGAGAGUAGAAUAUUCGUUUGUCAGAGUCUCAGUAUAAGCUCAGAGAAUCCAGAGGCACUGUAUGCUUCGCCUCGAUGCCAUAAGCAUUGUAUCAAACCAAAGGCAAAAUUUUGCUCAAAGAACCCUUGCAUAUUUGCUCUCGACUCAAUAAUUUUUUUAUUAAAACCCUUUUUUCGCACUGUCGUUUGUUUACUAAUUUCCUAAAAAACGUCUAUAUUCUGGAGUUGAGUGCAGAUUGACGCUAGGCUGUCGAAGAGAUUGCAGGAUUCGUCGAAAUUUUUGUACCGAAGUUUGAAUAUCCCUAAGCCACCCUCAGUGAAAUUUUCAUAGAGAUAGUUUCCCUUAGAAGAAAAUUAGAUUCCCAAUUACUUCUAUCUCCCCUAAAAACAAUCUUGUAAAAUAAUUGCCAAAUAGCUCUCCAAAAUUCUCGGCCUCUAACUUCUCAUAUAAGACCAAGUUCUGUUCAAAUUUUUGUACCAAAUAAAUGCCAAUUCAACAUUUUUAUCUCUAAAAUACGUAACGAUUUUUGAUUUUUGGAUUUGAAUGAAAAACGUCUAGGAUAACAAACGUUAAGGGAUAUUCUGUUUGAAUGACAACGGAAAAAAUCGUUCUUUCAUUUGAUACCCAUAUUUCUGUAUGUGAUGGGACAAAAAUUUGUUAAGAUGUAUCUACUUUCCUCUUUUUUUGAUUCCCAAAUUUUCGCACGGUGUUACAUUUCAGUGUUGAAUUAAAAGUUGCUCUUCUUUUCCUCGAGCAUGACUUUGCUGUUCCACUCUUUUUUCGCUUUUCAAGGUGCUUAUUGAUUAUUAUAAAAAAUAAUUAAAAAAUAGUUAUACAGUAUGAGAGAAGAUUUUUUCCUUUACUUGUCUCCUAAAAUCUUCUCAAACUUCUACUCGCACAAGAAGUUCGCCACCGUCCAACAAUCAGUACUUAAUUGAGCUAUUCUCAGAAUGAAGUAUCAUAGAAACUACUUGAUAUAACUUUCUUAGACGUUCUCUCACAGUUAGUUAGAGUAAUUAUAUGAAUUUAUAUAGAAAAUCGGAUACCUUUAUGUGAAAUGGUAACGGAGAUAUGAUAGGGGUGAAAACACGCCGAAACUUUUCAAGUAAAUAUAAUAUACACAUGCGUGCUGCAGGCUGAAACUUGACCUACCGUAUUGUCGAACGUCUUGAUCGGCGAAGUGAAUAUCAAAGUUGUAGCCAAAAGUGGUUCGAGUGACUUCUGAGUUCUAUGUUCAAUAUCCGCCCUAUUCAAUAUGGAGGCAUGGCUUUUGUAUGGCUCACUGACUGCAAUGCAUUUCCUUUGACAGUCAGUUCUACGUAUUACAUAUAUUCGGCCAAGAAUGGCCACUUGCUCAGUUGUAGCAAAAAAUUGAUGGCAAAUGUUUUAGGCUGUUAGAAUGACACCAACAACAGUGAAUUUCAAAUACAUAUAUGUAAGUCUGCCGAUUGAAGGGUUUUGAUAAAUAUACCUAUUUCGACUAAAUUCUGCGACAAAAAUGUACUAUUCUUGUUUUUCAGGAAAAAUUUCAUAUGCACGUAAAACUAUGGACCUUAUAUAGGAAUACUGCAAUCUUUCUCACCAAUUUCAUAAUUUAAGUAUCAAAGGACUAAAUUAAAAAAAAAUAUUGCAAUUGACUCACUCCAUGAUAUUAAUUAUUAUUAACUCCUAUCAACGAAAGAAAGUAUAGAAUAAAAAAAAGCGAUUAGUUUUGAGAUAAAUAUUAGGGACUUUUAUACACACACAUAAACAAUUAGCUGGCAUUUGAUAAAAAUUUAUUCAAUUUUUUUUUAUGUUUAUUAAACCACUGACUGGUGGCUAUAACAUUUUUCGCGCUUCCGUGUUAUCUUUUCCGCUUCCCUUCCGUGUUGUCAGUCACUGGAAGAUUUAUGAUAAAUAUAAUAGAAAAUCGGUUGUUUUUUAACUGAAUGAGAAUUAUCGAUAUCAGUAAUUACGGUUUCAGAGCUGAGAAUGGCAAACUGUGUUGAAAUUUCUUUUCAGUAAGGUUUGGCAAGUCAAUAUGAAAUUAUUCUAUUAUUUCUUUCGAAGUGAGGAAGCAACGGCCAGAUUUGUUGGAAAAAGUAGUCAAAAAUUGGGCACAUUCAACUCGUUGUAUGGAUGUAACUCGUAGCCGCAGCGGACAUAUGCCAGAUAUGAUAUUCAAAAAAUAAAU